AUGGCUCCCCUGGGCGAAACGAUCGCCGUGAUUGAUAAGUCCGGCAAAGUCGUGAGUACGAGCAAACAUCUGUUUGGCGUUUUCAGUCAAGCCAAGAAUGCCUAUCGCGAACGCAAGGCCCAAUUUCAGUCGGAGCGAAACGCUAAGAUUGCCGAGAGAGAAGCACUAAGGGCCAUCGAGAACUUUCACAUUGACGAUGCGCCCUCAGUCGCAUCUUCGCGGAGGAGCCGUUCUCGAUACCACUCAGGUCGCAGUCAUCACCCUCGCGAGCCUUCAGUCUAUGAAGAGGACGUGCAAUGGCAAGAUCCGUAUGCAGAUCCAUACGACGGUCGGCCAGUUGAGAUGGUACGCCGUCACACCCACGAUGUCGUCAUGCGCGGGCCGGAGCGACCAACAACCAGUCGCUCUAAAUCCGAUGCUCAAGUCGACAUGGACCUAGCGUACGGUGACUUCCACCCGUCGGCCCUGGAGAAGGUGCCAUCUCCGGAACAGGGCCAACUUCAGCGAAUCGAAGAUCCUGAAUUAAAUGGCCUCGUGAACAAGGCUCAGUGGCUCCUGGAGGAGGCCGACUGUAUGCAACAUAGCGCGACCGCCACUAUCGCGCAUCUGCAGAAGCAUCCAGACGCUAUGGCUGCUGUGGCGCUCACCUUGGCCGAGAUCAGCAAUCUUGUGACAAAGAUGGCGCCAUCCGCGCUGUCGGCCCUCAAGACCGCGGCUCCUACCAUCUUCGGUUUGCUUGCGAGCCCACAGUUCUUGAUCGCGGCAGGUGUUGGUAUUGGAGUCACGAUUGUGAUGUUUGGUGGCUAUAAGAUCGUCAAGCAGAUCCAGGCUGCCACCACCACCACCACCACGACUAACCCUAUGAGGGCGCCGGCUGCCGAGGAAGACCCUGGCAUGGAUGACAUGAUGGAGUUCAAUACUGAAUGCCUGAGUACCGUCGAGAUGUGGCGGCGCGGCGUAGCGGACGCCGAGGCCUAUAGCGUUGGUACUUCCGUCGACGGGGAAUUUAUCACCCCUACCGCAGCGGCUAUGUCGGGCAUUGAUGUGACUACGGCACGAAUGUCUCGGGACCCGCGGUUCAAGUUCGACGAUGACGGUCGCUCGACAGCAUCUUCCCGGCGCUCUCGUCGGUCGCGGACGCAUCACGAAAGUUCCCGCGCCGAUCACCGACCGGAGUCACACGCCGGCUCGAAGGCCCCCUCACGGAUGUUCUCUAAAGCGCCGUCCAAGGCGCCGUCGAGGGCACCCUCGCAUGCGCCCUCCCGAGCGGAAUCCCGUUACUCCGACAUGGAACCGAAACCAAAGGAGAAAAAGAAGCGAUCCAGCCGUCUUCGUCUGAUGUUCACUGCGUGA